CCCAAGACAAGCACUGUGGUUGAAGUCAUCCCCAUUUCAGACCAGCACUCAUCGAUGAGGAAGCUCUAGGAGGUUUGGACAAGGCACUCUUCCAUGCCUAGCAUCAGGCUGUCGUAUCUCUUCUUUCCAUUCGUUUUCCUGGCCGCAAUCCCCAUCAUUAUCCUGACCACUACGAUAUUUGCCUGCGCCUGCGUCUAUGUCUGCGCAUAUGUUCUGCUUGGAUAUAUAUUUGAUUCGAUUUUUUACAGUGAUUCAGGGUUUGUAGGUAAAUUUCUGACAGCCCUGCUUCCAAACCAACCGAUUCCAACGGGGCCCCCUCCUCCGAUACCCAGCCAGUUCCAGAGGUUGGAUGUCCACCACCCAUGGCCCUCCUCGAAUCCGGGCACAAUUACACCACGAUCUGGACGCCAUUCCCGUCGACCUUCAGCCUCAUCUGAAACAGCCACUUUUGCGGAUGGACGGAAGCGAUCCGUUCCCGGAUUCCCGUACCCUCCGCAGUCAGCCCAAAUCUCUCCAAAAGCUCAUAAAUCCGUCCCAAUGCGCCAUGGCACUCUAGUUUCCGCCCAGCGCGAGGAUAGAGGAGACUGGGAAGAUGUUAACGAUGAGCAUGAAGACGACGACAACAACAAUACUGCAGGCUAUGAGGACCGAUGUUCUGAAUUUCUUGCUUCUGUGGGACGACAUCAGGGCCCUAAAACCGAGAUAUCAGCCGAGCCCAAGUCAAACUUCUUUGUGGGGCAGUAUGAUGGGGACGUCAAUGGUGUCCUCCCUACCGGGCCACGUCUGCAUUUUGAUAUACCACCACAUCCUAGGAGGAGCUCCAAUGGCGGAAAGGAUCCUGGGUCUUCGGAAGUCACGCAAUAUUAAUGGAUUCGCCUAUGGUUUUCCUGAUGAGGUAGGGCAUUGGCUUUCAAAAAAAAAAGAAAAAAAAAAACCUAUAUUGUGGUUCUCUAAAUUGCCAGAAUGCUUUGAAAGUUAUGAUGGCUUUUUCGAAGAAAGGAUGACCAAGAAAAGUGUUUUCCCUUCACAAAA